CAAUCCGGAGCUCCUCGACCUUGUCCGCGCUAGGAAGAAGGCCUCGGGUGUUGCGGCUGAGCCAAAACUCGCUUACGAGGCCUCCAAGUCGGCCGAGCUGUGGCAUGCCAUCGAUGACUGGAGGGAGGACAUGUGCGAGCGUGGGCAUGCCGAGUGUUCGAUGGGGCCCGAGUGCUUCCUGCCGACGUACAUCGUGGACAAGAUGGCGAUCCUGAAGCGCGAUAACAUGCAGCAACACGCGAGGAAGUUGCUGAAGUCCCAGUGGCUGUUUUGGGACAAAUUUGGUCAGCAACUUGUCGAUUACGUGGUUGACCAGAGCUCCCACCAUCACGACGACGACGCCUCCCUUCCCAUUCCCCCUACGCAGAUCCCGUCCGCCGACCUCUCAGCAUGCACGGAACCAGUCGAUCAACCGCCCCAAAGCACCGUCUCCGCUCCCGACGCGCUGAGGUCCGGUAGAGGCGGGACUGCUCCAGCGAACACCCGCAAACGCGCCGGCACGAAGACUGCCAAUGACCCAGCGAAACCGAAGAGGAAGCGGGGAGCGCCGAAGCCUCGUGAGGUGCCGCACGUCGCUGGAGAAGGUGUGUCGGCGAGCGAAGCGGCUUCAUCUACGAAGCGCGGACGGAUGCGUGGAGGCCCUAUCGACGAUAUGCGCGGCACCAAGAAACAAAAGGUGGCAGAAGAGGGUGCCGCGCCCUCUAGGGCAGUUGGGGGCCGUAUGAAUGAGGUCCUGCAGCCCCCAACUGCUGCCACCUCGAACGCGCAGCAGGAAUCAUUGGCGGGUGGCCCGCCUACUGCUCGCCCAAUCGCUCCCGCCCCCGAUCGUUGCUCCACCGGCGCACAAGCAGCCAUGCAUGACGGGCUUGCGGUACCUUACGCACGAGCUCAUCCUCCGCCGCCUCUUGCGGCGCAUGUCCGCGACGACGCCGACUCUCAUGCAGCGCGGGCCGCCGCCUACCGCUUUUCGGGAUACCCAUCAGCAUCACAAUUCCUCCGUGCUCAUGUCGAACGCGACCAGAGCGACGGUCCCGCGGAUCUGCGUCCCCGACGAGAAGCUUACCCGCCCCCUACUUGGCAACAAAGCUCAACGCCGUCCAUGAGCACAUUCCACCACUCCAGUACAUCUCAACACGCUCUCCCUACGCCCCCUUCGUCAGCUCACCGGCAGUCUCUAGCUCGCGGCACGCAGCUAGGGACACUUGUGACACCUGUGUCGCAGCGCGAAUAUAUGGCCUCCCCGGACACCUCUCAUCAUCACGCACCACCUUAUUUUACGGACCGGCCAACAUCGUCAACACUCGAGCACCAUCGCCCUCCGCCACCAUCUGCAUCUUCGCGAGGCGGAUGGUAUACGCGUCCGUCCGCGGCGCCGUCGAGUUUGGCCAUGACGGCUUUCUUCGAACAGCCCGUCAUGCAGAUCGUCGAUUACGCACCCGCUCACGGUGCUUCACUCAAACUCGACGCCGUCACUUUAGCGAGCAAGUGCAUCGUUAGCCAGCUCGGUGGCGCAUGCUGGAUAGACCAGACAAUGGUGUCCGGCAAGGUGCGUGUCGUGCUCAGCCAUGGGCAGACCCGUAUUGUCGAUGUCGUCCAGCGCGCCACCGUCAUUUGUGCAUGCGCCCGGGGUUUGCACGGCUCCCGCUCUGUCUCGUAG